AUGCUGGCCUGGAGGCCUGGAGCCCGGAGCGCGGUUGCGGCGCGCGGCACCGAGUGUUCGGAAGCCCGCGACGGAGCCCCCCUUAGCCCCCGCUCGGGCCGCGAGUGCCGCCGGCCUGGCGCCGACCUAGAUAUGAAAAUCCAUCUAGAGAAAAAUUUGGAAGAAGAGCGCCAGAUAUUACUGCAGCAACAAAAAAUAUGUCGAAAUCGAGCUCGUAAAUAUUUUGUGGAAUCAAACCGGAGAAAAAAAGCUUUUGAAGAGAAACGAAAAGAACAAGAAGAAAGAGAACAACAAAUCAGAGAACAAAUACUUCAACAAAGAAAAGAGAAGUUUGAAGAAGUCACUGAAAAAUUCCAACGUGCCCAUAUUCCUCUUUCACAACGGAGGAGAGCAGCUUUUCAAAAACCAGUUCCUCCUUUGGAAGAAGCCCUCAAACAAAUUCAGGAAUCCAACUUAAAAUCAGAAGUAAACCUUCCCUCUUCCCAUAGACCAACAGUAAAUUGGAGAGCUAUAGAUAAUGCCUUGCCUUCAUCAUUGUCAAAAAAUGGUCACAAGCAUCAGAAACAUCUCUUAUCCAAAAUCAAUUGUGAUAAAGAAAUGAAGGAAAACAACAGGGCAAACUUGGCUACUAACAAAGAUGCGUUCCAGCUUAAACUGGAAGAAACUCAGAAACUCCUAGAAGAUCAGCAUCUAAGCAGUUUGCAAAAAUUUUGUGAUGAAGUUAAUCAAAUAACAAACUCUGAAACCCUCUCAAGUAUAGACAGUCUCGAGGCUGGGGAACAUGAAGAAAUAUAUUUAACAAUUAACAAGGAGCUUUCCACAUCAAACCAGCAAAAUUCUGUUUCUCUCAAAUCAGUAAAUCUACAAUCAACAAAUCUAAGCUGCUUUGAUGAAGAUAAACUGUCACUCUCUAAAACUCAACAUAUAAAUAAUUGGCUCAUAAAUGUACAUGAUCCAGAUACUCGGACUGUCACUCCUUUCUCAGAUAUUGUAAGUAAACCUAAUGUUCUAUCUUCUUGUGAACGUUUUAACGGUACAGAACAAAAUCCACCUGUGGAAAGAGUCGCAAAUACUGCUAAUAAUUCAGUAACCUUUGUGUAUAGUCCUCCCGUAUGUGUACAAGAUGGAAAAAACAAAGAGGUCUCCAAAACCAGCGCUGUGAGAACAACUCAGUCCUCUACUGGAGUGUUCAGAAGAGAGAGACCCUCUGUUACUGAGAGCCCGGCAUUUAAGUUCAGCAGGUUCUCUAACCGCCCCACUCCAGACUCCCUAACACAGGAAACGGCUGCAACUACAGACCAAGGGAAAAAUUCCGAAUUAAUACAGGAAAAUAGAACUACUUCAGUUCCUACUUCAUUUGUACCCACGGCGACACCUUUGUUUUUGCCUAAUAUGCAAUCAGCCAGGCCCCUACCAAACAGCAGCCUACGUAUAAAAGAAAUCGACCCAGUGCAGUGUUCUGAUAAGUUAGGAGAAUUGAAAAAUGUAACAGAUGAGAAGAUAAAAUAUUUUAAUUGUAAUAAGGAAGACUGGCCUUUAUUUUCACAUGAUUUUCAAGUUGCCUAUAUACCUCACAACUCUGAUUCAAAAGAUAGAAAACAAAAAAUAGCGGAAACAUCAACAUCAGUGUCUAACGUAGUCUCUAACUGCGACUUAAUCGGUCAGCACAAGAAAAUGAAAUACAACAUUCAUGAGAGAAACGGUGUAAGGUUUCUUAAAAGUAUUUUAAAAAAAGAAUCUAAAUACGAACACGAUUGUUUUAAGGCACUAGUUAUAAACCGAAGCUUUAAGUUCGGAAAUCAAAGAGCAGCAGCUAUCAGAGAUAGUAUUGAAUUAACAAAAGAAAAAGGUACAGAAAUACCAAAGACUAUUAAAAAACUGAGGUGGUUUGAUGAAACUGGAGAUACAGAAAAAACUGCUGCGGAUACUCAUUCAUUGAAGAAGAGAACAGAACUAUCUCAACAGUGGUCUCAACCAUUCCACGUUCAGCCUAAAAGUGGUGCUGCCAGCAACAUCAUUAACGCUCCUGCCUGUCCUGUGAAUUCUGCUGAGGGAACAAAGCCCACGGAGGGCUCUAUCUCUGAAAAUGCCGCUGCUUUAGGAGAACCUGGAACAGACCGUGUGCCCGAGAGCUGUCUCAUACCUUCAGGUUAUGAUGUUGCUAAACAAGCGUGGCCAGCCUCAGAAAAAGAGGAAAGCCAAGCCCCUAUACCUAGUGGUAAUUCUAAAGCUCAGAAAGCUCACCCACGAAGAGGUGGCGCAAAAGUCGUGAGGAGAACAAGAUGUGCUCAAGCCCAGGCACACUCUGAGUGUACCAGCAGAAAAGGCUCUGUCGUUCAGCCACAGUCCGCAAGCAAAGCUGACGCAUUUUUACCAGCUCGGGGUAGACUGACUGUGCCUCAUCCUCCCCCUAAGUCUCCGUCGCAUAUGAGGGGUGGUAAAGAUACACAGGUGUCUCAGUGUCCAUCAGUAACACUUGAAAAUUCUCAAAACGUCAUGACACAAAACUAUUUUAAUUCACAACCUGUGCUUCCAACAGAACACAGGUUAAAUGAAUGGAAUCAAGAAAGUAGUUUUCCGCCCUCAGAUGUUUGCUCUGAAUUAGCCACUACGAUGCCUUCUCUGCCAUACUGUUCUCCUGAGUGCCGAACUUUAGCAAAAAUACAUCUUUCAAACGGCACACAAACGGUUGCCCAGCAAGGUGGAGUGUUUCACUGCACCCACAGAUGUCCUGUUUAUGAAGAAAGUCAUCACACUGUGACUCUUAGAACUACUAAAGAAGAAUCUGUUCCCUUGUGGAAAAGACGAAAUAAUAUCCUGGGUCAAAAUGAAAAGGCUGCUGGAAUCUACAUCUUAUUUUUAUUUCUUACUUCAACAACAAACAGAAAAUUUAAGCAAGAUUCUACUGUUUUAAGAAGAAAACGAAUUGUUGAAAAUAAGCAGAGGCGUCUUUUAGAACAGAAAAGACAAAAUUCUGGAUCUGUGGGACAGAAGUACAAUGAGCAAAUGAAUAAUUUUGGACAAAGUGUCCAGCUAAGUUCAAGGGAGCCAAAACAAACAACAAGGGGUACUUCUGAUGUUGAAGAAGUUUCAGAUAGUACUUCUGAGUUUUUGAUGGCUGAAAACCUAGUGAAAGCUUCAGUGCCUGAGGAUGAAAUUCUCACUGUCAUAAAUAGCAAGCAGCUACAGAAACCAAAUCUGACUUCAAAUAAGACCCCGCCGUUCAACAUCUGUGCACUGUCAGCUGAUGAACAGAAGAUCCUACAGUCCCUCAGUCGUCUCAAUGAGAGGCUGUCCUAUACAUGCCCUCGAGGAAGCCUGCACGUGUGCAUCAGGAGACAUGCAGAAGUAUACAAAGAUCAUCAUUGUUUUUAGAAGCCCCAAACUGAAAACACCUAAAUGUGGAAUAUCCAUGUGCCGCUGUUCAGCAAGGAAAAUGAACAAACUGCAGCUACACACAUCAUCAUAGAUGAUUCUAAACAAUAUAAUUUGGGGCAAAAUAAGGCAAAUCACAGCACAAGAGCAACAAGUCAGGAGGAGUUAAGAGACAGAUGAGUGAGGGGACCCUGGACUUGUCCCUCAAACUCGGCUAGAUCAACAUCAAACCAUUGUGAACACCUAGGAAAUCGAUCUGAGGAUUCACACAAUGAUCUGCAUAGUUUGAGGGAGAGAACGCAGCAGGUGCAUGGUGCUGAGAGGUGAACUGGGGGGCGAGAAGAGCCGGGGUACCUCGGGUGGGGGGAGUCGUUUUUGCCGAGAGGAGAAAGGGGGAGAGAGCAGCACCUCGAGUUUUUGCAGGAAAGCACUUCCCCCCGAAAGCAGCUAGAGAGAAAGAAUGAAAACAUGCUCUGGGGACUGGACAAGAAAAUGUUCCCCAGAACCAUUGAUGGGGGAAAAAGGAGAGGGUUUCAAUACCACUAGGUUUUUAUAAACAACAGUGUGCCAAGUGUGACGUUUCAGAGGUCAGCACCUCAGAAAUACAGCUUUAAAAAAAACCAUUAAUAAAGUAGGAGGCUUUAAUACCCCACUCACAGCAAUGGACAGAUCAUCUAAGCAGAAACUCAACAAGGAAACAAUGGCUUUGAAUGACACCCUGGACAAGAUGGACUUAACAAAUAUAUUCAGAACAUUUCAUCGUAAAACAGCAGAAUAUACAUUCUUUUCGAGGACAUGGAACAUUCUCCAGAACAGAUCACACACUGGGUGACAAAUCAGCCCUCAACAAGUACAAAAAGAUGGCGAUUUUACCAUACAUAUUUUCAGAUCACAACAAUGUGAAACUUGAAGUCAACCACAAGAAAAAGGUUGGAAAGCCCUCAAACACAUGGAGGUUAAAGAACAUCCCACUAAAGAAUGAAUGGGUUAACCAGGAAAUUAAAGAAGGAAUUUAAAAAAUACAUGGAAGAAAAUGAAAAUGAAGACACAACAGUCCAAAACCUUUGUGAUGUAGCAAAGGCAGUCCUAAGAGGGAAGUAUAUUGCAAUCCAGGCCUAUCUCAAGAAGCUAGAAAGGUCCAAAAUAUACAACCUAAACUUACACCUAAAGGAGAUAGAAAAGGAACAGCAAAUAAAGCCAAAAGCCAGCAGAAAAAGGGAACUCAUAAAGAUUAGAGCAGAAAUAAAUGACACACAAACAAACAAAAAACAGUAGAACAACAGAUCAAUGAAACUAAGAGCUGGUUCUUUGAAAGAAUUAACAAAAUUGGUAAACCACUAGCCAGACUUAUCAAAAAGAAAAGAGAAAGGAUCCAAAUAGAUAAAAUCACAAAUGAAAGAGGAGAGAUGACCACCAACACCACAGAAAUACAAUCAUAAGAGAAUACUACGAAAAUUUAUAUGCCAACCAACUGAGCAAUCAGGAAGAAAUGGACAAAUUCCUAGAAACUCACAAACUAUCAAAACUGAAACAGGAAGAAAUACAAAAUUUGAACAGACCCAUAACCAGCAAAGAAAUUGAAAAGGAAAACUUUGAAACUCAUUCUGUGAAGUCAGCAUUGCCUUGGGGAUUCCAAAACCAAGGACCUCACUAAAAAGAAUUACAGGCCAGUAUCCCUGAUGAACAUGAAUGCAAAAGUUCUCAACAAUAUAUUAGCAAACCAAAGUCAGUACAUUAAAAGAAUUAUUCACCAUGAGCAAGUGGAAUUUAUUCCUUGGCUACAGCACUGGUUCAAUAUUUGCAAAUCAAUCAAUGUGAUACAUGACUAUAAUAAAAGAAAGGAUAAGAACCAUAUGAUCCCAUCAAUAGUUGCAGAAAGAGCAUUUGACAAAAUACAGCAUCCAUUCCUGAUAAAAAUCCUCAAAAAGGAGGGAUAGGUGGACCUCAAGAUCAUAAAAACCAUAUACAAAAGACCCACAGCUAAUCUCCUUAAUGGGAUAAAACUGAGAGCCUUUCCCCUAUGGUCAGGAAUAAGACAAGGAUGUCCACUCUCACCAUUACUAUUUAACAUAGUGCUGGAAGUCUUACCCUCAGCAAUCUGACAACAAAAAGAAAAAGCAUGCUAAUCAGCAUGGAAAAAGUCAAACUCACUAUUUGCAGAUGACAUGAUACUCUGUGUGGAAAAUCCAAGAGACUCCACGAAAAAGGUGCUAGAAUUAACAUAUAAGUUCAGCAAAGUCACAGGAUAUAAAAUCAGUGUGCAGAAAUCUCUUGCAUUUCUCACCAAUAAUGAAGCAGCAGAAAAAGUAAUCAAGGAAUUGAUCCCAUUUGCAAUUGCACCAAAAACAAUAAGAUACCUACAAAUAAACCUAACUAAAGCAGUAGAAGAUAUAGAGGCGCCUGGGUGGCUCAGUCGGUUAAGUGUCCGUGGUUCAGUCAGUUAAGCAUCCAUCUUCGGCUAAGGUCACGAUCUCACUGUUCAUGGGUUCAAACCCCGCAUUGGUCUCUGUGCUGACAGCUCAGCGCCUGGAGCCUGCUUCGGAUUCUGUGUCUCCCUCUCUCUCUGCCCCUCCCCCGCUCAUGCUAUGUCUUUGUGUCUCAAAAAUAAACAGACAUUAAAAAAAAUUUUUUAAUAAAAAUAAAACAUUAAAUAAAAACAGAAGUAAAAGAUCUAUACUCUGAAAACUAUAGAAAGCGUAUGAAAGAAAUUGAAGUGGACACAAAGAAAUGGAAACGCAUUUCAUGCGCAUGGAUUGGAAGAACAAGCAUUGUUAAAAUGUCUAUACUACCCAAAGCAAUCUGUGUAUUUAAUGCAGUUCCCAUUAAAAUACCACCAGUAUUUUUUGCAGAGCUAGAACUCACAAUCCUAAAAUUCGUAUGGAACCACAAAAGAUCCUGGAUAGCCAAAGCAAUCCUGAAAAAGAAAAGCUGGAGGCAUCACGAUUCCUGAUUUCAAGCUGUAUUACAAAGCUGUAGUCAUCAAGACAGUAUGGUACUGGCAUAAAAACAGACACAUAAAUCAGUGGAACAGAAGAGGAAACCCAGAAAUGGACCCACAACUAUAUGGUCAACUCAUCUUUGACAAAGCGGGAAAGAAUAUCCAGUGAAAAAUAGACAAUAUUUUCAGCAAAUAGUGUUGGGAAAACUGCACAGCAACAUGCAGAAUGAACCGGACCACUUUCUUACAUCAUAUACAAAAAUAAAUUCAAAAUGGAUGAAAGCCCUAAAUGUAAGGCAGGAAACCAUCAAAAUCUUAGAGAAGGACACAGGCAGCAACCUCUUUGACCUCAGCUGGGGCACCUUCUCACUAGACAACAUUGCUGAAGGCAGGGGAAACAAAAGCAAACAUGAACUAUUGGGACUUCAUCAAGAUAAAAACUUCCACACAGCGAAGGAAACAAUUAGCAAAACCAAAAGGCACCCUACAGGAUGAGAGAAGAUACUUGCAAAUGAGGUAUCUGAUGAAGUGUUAGUAUCCAAAAUCUAUGAAGAAUUUCUCAAACUCAACACCCAAACAACUAACAACCUAGUUAAGAAAUGGGCAGAAGACAUGAAUAGACAUUUUUCAAAGGGGACAUCCAGAUGGCUAACAGACAUGAAAUAAUAUUCAACAUCACUCAUCAUCAAGGAAAUACAAAUCAAAACCACAAUGAGAUACCAUCUCACACCGGUCAGAAUGCCUAAAUUAUCAACACAAGAAACACAUGUUGGCAAGGAUGCAGAGAAAGGGAAACACUCUUGCACCGCUGGUGGGAAUGCAAACUGGUGUGGCCACUGUGAAAAACAGUAUGACGAUUCCUCAAGAAACUAAAAAUAAAACUACCCUACAAUCCAGCAAUUGCACUAUUAGGUAUUCACCCAAAGGAUACAAAAAUAUAGAUUUGAAGCUGUACAUGCACCCUGAUGUUUAUAGCAGCAUUAUCUAUAAUAACCAAACUAUGGAGAGAGCCCAAGUGUCCAUCAACUGAUGAAUGAAUAAAGAAGAUGGGUGUAUAUAUUCAAUGGAAUCAAAGGGAAUUAACUCUUGCCAUUUGCAAUGAUGUGGUAUAACUAGAAUGUAUUAUGCUAAGUGAAAUAAGUCAAUCAGAGAAAGAUAAACAGCAUAUGAUUUCAGUUGUACGUGGAAUUUAAGAAACAAAACAUGAACAUAUGGGAAGGUGGAGGGGAGAGAAGAGAGGGAAACAAAUCACCAGAGACCCUUAAAUAUGGAGAACAAACUGAGGGCUGAUGGAGGGGAGGCGGGUGGGGGAUGGGCUAGAUGGGUGAUGAGUAUUAAGGAGGGCACUUGUGAUGAGCACUGGGUGCUAUAUGUAAGUGAGGAAUCAUUGAAUUCUACCCCAGGAAACUACAUUGCACUGUAAAUGAAUCAAAAUUUAAAUUUAAAAAGUAAUAAAAAUUCAGAACAAAAAUCAGGUCAGUUUUACUUAUUUGAAGUUCAGAAACAGGUAAAACAAGCAAUACGAUAUGCAUGUAUACUCAUGUGCUAUAAUUAUGCAGACACAAAGCCCAUGUAAUUGGUCACCUCUGUGGGCAAGGAAAGGAAGUGCAAUCCCCAGAGAGGCAUGGAGAUGGGAGCUCUGGGAAGUUCCUAAAAUAGUGAUAAUGUGCACAUUUCUCAGUCUAAGUCAUUACAUAGACAUUAGCUUCAUUAUAAUUAAUUGCAAUAUGUAUAUAUGCUCUAUAUGUUUUUUGUGUUAAUUUAAAAAUUAAAAUUUAAGAAUAAAAUAUUAAUAAGAGUGCCUGGUGGGCAACUCUUGGUUUUGGCUCAAGUCAUGAUCUCGAGGUUCAUGGGAUUGAGCCUCACAUUGGGCUCCACGCUGACAGUGUGGAGCCUGCUUGGGAUUCUCUCUCUCCCUCUCUCUCUGCAUCUCCCCUGCUCAUGCACAAGUUCUCCCUCUCUCUCUCUCAAAAAUAAAUAAACUUUAAUAAUAAUAUAUUAAUAAAAAGCAGGGAGCUACAACCCCAGAAGCAAUAUAUAACUAAGGGUGUAAGAUGUCCAAUUAUGAAGAUCAAGAGUAAAAAACUCAGGUCAGUUUUUUUAGAAGGUUUUUUCCUAUUGGAUACUUCGACAUGCUUAAAUGCUUCACAUAAAGGAUUCUGCUUGAAGGUGUUUUUUUUUUCUUUUGCCCAGACCCUUGCUUUUAUAUGGACCAAAGCUUAAGCACUGAAAAGGCAAGAGUUGACGAAUUAUUCAACUUUUAUGCCUUAAUAGCUAAAUAAACAUCUCUUCUUUCCUGAGAUACUCAAAGAAUCAAAUUUACCUUUUGUUUUACAAAAGAAGAGGGGCACCUGGGUGGCUCAGUCAGUUGAGUGUCCGACUUCGGCUUAGGCCAUGAUCUCAUGGUUCAUGGGUUCCAUCCCCACAUCAAGCUCUGCACUGACAGCACUGAGCCUGCUUGGGAUUUUCUCUCUCAUUCUCUCUCAUUCUCUCUCUCUCUCUCUCUCUCUCUGCCCCUCCCUCGUUCAUGCCCUGGCUCACUCUCUCUUGAUUGCUCUCUCGCGCUCUCUCAAAAUAAAUAAAUAAA